AUGCACCUUCAAGACCCUGGAAUCAGAAGGUUGAGCAGUUUGGAACAUCAAUGGGCACAUGAUGACAUUGAGUCAGCAACUUUAAGAGCAAAUUUAGAAGCAAUGAGCAGCUUCAACUACUCGGAGAGACACGAGGAGGCUCCAAAAGCACAACCAGUGGUGAAGUUGCAAAGCAGUCGGGCGACCAGAAGUGCACCGUCACAUACUCCAGAUCGGAUGCCCCAAUCACUUGCACGAACAAGGAGCCUCGGCUUGCUGCCGCCAUUACCGGGCAAGGCCAGCAACAAGCACCAGGAGCAUCAGGAAUAACUGGCCGCUUGGUGUCAGUGGUAGAAAAUCAUGUAGCCUAAGUUGAUGAAUCGACUGAACAGCGCCAGACAGCGUCAUGGCGGGGCCUAGCUUUUCUGCGUGUAUAUUUGUGAAUUUUGGUAGAUGUCUUGCGAAGUUAAAUAGCUACUAUUGAUCCGUUGCUAAAUGCUAAGACCUUAAUAACCCACGAUUUGAAUCUAGGUCGACCGCAAAGGCAAACUUAGUGAGUCGUCCCACGUACGCAACUAUUCGUGCUUGCUGUUGACACAGCGACCUUCCCAGCAUAGUGACAGCUUUGAAAAUUUGAUCGAGAUGAAACUCUGUCCACUCAGA